GUCGAUGAGUUGACUCAUCAACUGAAUGACGAGUUGUCUGUCGCGAGGGAGAAGGGGCGGUUAGAAGAGCGGGAUGCCAUCAGAUCAGAGAUGGAUAAGGAGUUUGAGGAGAAGAGGCGGAGCUUCAUUGAUCAACUGGACGUACACUGUCCGAUUGGAUGCUGAUGCGGAUAAGGUCGAGAUAACGAGGAAGUUGGAAGAUUUGGAGAAGAAGAGCGAGGCUGAAGAGAAGGUUGAUAUCGCAAAGGAGGCGAUAGUGGUGUACAAACAAUCAAAUACUUUUGUGAGGCAUAUGUCUGAUUUUAUGCGUCGCACCAUCAUGGUGGUUUGGAAGAAGGUACCCCCGGACAACGCUAGAUGUCGUUGGAACACCCGCGAUAUGAUAAGGCGCGUUCAACGUUUCUUUUCUGACAAGCGCCCGCUUACUGAGGACUCUGACAGCAAAUCUGAAGAGGAGGGUGCUGCUGGGGGCAACAGUGGUGUUGCUGCGGAAGUUGUUAUUGUUUGAAUUUUCCAGUGUUGUUUGUUAAGACAGUUGAUUUUGCCAACUCCUUGUGCGAUUUUCCUAAUAGCUCUUUUGGAUUUAGUGACAAAGUUUCCCUUCUAUAUUCUAUUGUAUCUCGCAAACUCCUUGUGCGGUUCUUAGGAUGAUCCGUGGUAUUUAAUAAAGAUGCACAAUCACACUCGUAAUAAGACCCGACAGACAUAGUCUGCAAUAUAGAUAAAGAGUCGCA